AAGAAAGAUGGCGGCCGCCUGGGGGUUAUCCCUGGCGGCCGCUGCUCUGAGAGUGGUCACUCGCUGGCCGACGUACAGGCUCCCCGCGGCCUUCCCCUGGCCUCAGGUGCGUCGGGAAACGUCGUCCUCCAGCCCCCAGGCCAAUGAGUGGCAGAUCCAUCUCACCGACAGCUGUGUCCAGAGGCUUUUGGAAAUCACCGAAGGGCCGGAAUUCCUCAGACUGCAGGUGGAGGGAGGAGGAUGCUCUGGAUUCCAAUACAAAUUUUCACUGGAUACAGUUGUCAACCCGGACGAUAGGGUAUUUGAACAGGGUGGGGCAAGAGUGGUGGUUGACUCUGAUAGCUUGGCCUUCGUCAAAGGGGCCCAGGUGGACUUCUGCCAAGAACUUAUCCGAAGCUCCUUUCAAGUGGUGAACAAUCCCCAAGCACAGCAAGGCUGCUCCUGUGGGUCCUCGUUCUCCGUCAAAGUCUGAGGUGAUGAGGAGGGACCCCGACACGGCCACCGCUUCAACCACUUGGAGGAACCUGGCAUUCGUAGGACCCUCGAGGUCUGUCUCCUAAUCAUGGUCCGUUCUCAGAUAGACUUCCCUCAGCCUACGAGUGCUAUGUUCUGUCACUCCAGUUUUCAAAAUGUGAAGCUUGUACUCUUAAUUUCAUCCCCCCCUAGCCGCAGCCCUUCAUUUCUAAGUUCCUGUCUCCAGAGCUCUUUCUUCAGAUUGAAUCACUGGUGGAAACCCAGUAUAAUGUACAGAGCCUCCAAGGCUCCAAAAUGUGGAGUUACUGUUCUGGCCUUCAGAGCUGCUUGUACAUAUGUGGACUGCUAUAUAUUAUAUAAAAGCUAUCUUUAGAAAGGAAAUCCUUAUUUAUUGGUAUUUUGCCUCUAGGGCACAGACUGGGUAGCUGAAGUCCUGGUAACGUGGCGAGGGGUGACAAAGGCAAAUAGAAUGUUCCUUACCAUCUCAACCUGUCCGAACAUUCUGCUUGAUCCAGCCUUGAUUUUUAUGCAACCCACUCUCCACUUCCUAUUUGUUGGGCACUCAUCCUCAUGAAUCUGCUAGGCCCCAAAUAACCGAUCACGCAGACAGCUGAGACCAGACUCCCUCUGACACUGGAAUCAUCUGGAAAUGGGCCUCCUUGCCCACAAGGACAUUUCAAGAUGCUGUGACUGAAUCUUUUCAGAAUAAAUUGCUUCACUGA